GGUAGGGUACUAGACGUAAUAAAUGUAGCCACCUACCCUUCGUAGGCAUUUUCUCGAGAGAGAGAGAGAGAGAUAAUUAUAUUUGGCGUAAGUAUCGUAUUCUUCGCAUUUUGAGCAUCACCAAAAUCCGGUGCGAGUUCGAUGUACCACACGCGUCGGAGACAUCCGCGUUCCACGCGAGCCUGAGGAAGCGCUAGUCGCGGCGUAGGGCUGAAAAUUAAUCAACUCAAUAUGGCGGCCGCCCUUCGCGAGGACUCGAGUGGUCUGGGAAAUCUCGAGGCCCAGAUGGAGGAACAAGUGGCGAGCGCUAACACCAUCGCUUCUGAAAAUCGGAACCGGCUUCGAGAACAAGGAGUUACUACUAAUGAUCAUGCAGCACCGCCAAGCGAGGGGUCCGAGUUUGAUGAUGGCCUUGAUAUAGAGAAGUCCAUGAAUAGUAGCGUAUCGCACUGGGAUCCGGAUCCGGGUUUCGCAUAUGUCGAUGGCGACAUUGAAGGACAUGGCUAUAAUAAGACUACAGUUGACAUUAUCGCCGUGCCUUGUGUCGGCGCGUCUCCCGUCGAUACUUGGUCAAGGGAUCCUAUCGGUGAUGGCUACUUCAGCUUUCCCUCGUCAAACGAGUUGGAUCGCUACCCCACGGCCAUGCAACUACCAGGGAACAGCGUCCUUUCGCCCACCAUUAACCGCAAUCUGCCUCCAGCUACUCAUUUAUGGGUUCGACAGGGGAUCAGAAAAGAAGUGAGCACGGCACGGGUGAUGCUAUAUCGUCAUCGGGAACUGGCAGAAGGUAUGACGCUGGACCAGGCGGCGGACGACCUCUUGGAUCAGGUCGUGAAGAUGCGCGCUGGCCAGACGAAAGCUAGACCCAUCUUCUUCAUCUGCCACAGCAUCGGGGGACUAGUCACAAAGCUUGCCCUAGUUAAAGCGAACCUGAACCAUGAGUUGAGGCCCCUAAUCUUCGAUUGUCACGGAAUCGCUUUCUUUGCCACUCCACAUCGCGGCUCUAGUUACAUGUCGAUGCCUCAUCUGCGCGAGAGUAUCCAGCAUCUGCUAUAUCUAAAAAAGCCACUGCCUAGGUCCAUUGCCCGUGAAUUGCGGAUAGGGAAUAAGUCGCUGCUGCAGAUGCAUGAUCAAUUUAUGGACAUCGCUAGCGAGCUGCGAAUAUGGACCUUCUAUGAAACCAUCGAUUCACAGUUAUCCGGACUUGGCUCAUCCGACUUUGACGAAGUGCACUUCAGCGCACCGUUGACCUCCAUCAAAUCGGGUUUACUUGGGAGUCGGACCGAGCAAGCACUAUCCCUCGAGAGCGACCACGCUCAUUGCGCCUCGUUUGGACCCCAAAAUAUCCGUACGAUGCUUUCAUUCAUUGCCGACCUAGGCGCUGCGAUCCGGAAGGCGGAGGAGCUGAGUGACAAAUACGUGCAUACGCCGUUGAAGCUAAGUGAAACGGUCAAGCUCGAACUCAUAGGAUUCUACGGUGACCCUGAUAGCGAAUCCAAUCAGGAUAUCAGACUGUACAUCUCGAAGCAUAGGUUAAAAGACUUUCUAGAAAAAGGGCCUGAGAAAUGUCUGCAAGAGCGGCUGAAUACUGUGGCAGCUAGGCGGCAUAAGAUGGUACCUCCAUCGAGGCGCCCGAUAUCUAACCCAUCAUUGAUGCCGAGUGCGCUCGGAAUACUAGGUAACGUUCAGGAGCUUGGCCAGAAAAUCUUAGAUUCAGUUCGGCCUAGUAGCUCGCCGCCGGAAGGUCACGGAACAGAGACACCGGCUGGUCAACCAGACAUCGUCGUGACAAGCCACGCUUCACGGCCAUCCGUCACCGGCGCGGCAACGGAGCCAGCGAUUUCAUCGAGAAGAGGCCGUGGCUUAACAGUCCCUGGCUUGUCAACGCCAGGCUUCCAUACUCCAUCUCAUAGGGGAAGCAGCGAAACAGCUAGGACAACUAGGUCGGACCCCGAUGAGCUCGAGACCUCUCCAAAGACAGGCGAUCCUUCCCAACAAUUAAACCCAUCUAGGACCGAGCCCACCGGUUCCACCAUUGGUCAAAAGGAAGCAGGCCCUGACAUGAAGAACCGCCGUGGUCGUUCUCACGGUUUGCAAGACAUCACCGCCGGGUUUUCCCGACCAGUCGCAUCUAGAAGGAAGUUUAUGUGGUUACAUAUGCCAUUCAAUAACCCCCAUUGGAUUACGAAAAUUUUCAAUAAAUUGUCCGAGACUGAAAAUCAGAAUUAUUCGAAACUCCUUAGCAACGAAAACUGGUCCAACAGGCACGUACAAGGUCGCCACGCAAAUCUGCAUGCUUCGUACGUCAAGCCUGGUUGUGCUUUCGUUCCUGCAGAAAUCGGUUCCCCGCGUCCUCCGUCGCCUGCUAGAGCCGGCAGGAGCCCAAGUCCUGGGAUAAGUCCGACUUAUCUAUAUUUAUAUUUGCCAUAUCUGCAUUACGAUACUUACCGAAAUAUCGUGCGACGGCGGAACUUAAUUCAGCGACGGAUGGAACAUGGCAGAGCCCGGCCCGUACCAAAAGAUAUCGCCGAGCUCGAUUCGUUAGACUCCCGGGUAAUCUGGGAGUAUAUCGGACAUGAUCCUCCUCUUAACACGCGAAGAACACUGGACCAAUACGGAUAUCCGUCUCUUCGAGAAACAUAUGCGCGAGAUGACGAACAGAUGCUGUACAAGCUUACUAAAGAGAGGCUUCCAAUCCCGUUCAUGCGUAAAUGGGAUGUGUAUCAUUCGGAUGAGGUAAGAGGGCCGUUGAGCGCCCUCUCACCAGGCAGUCGAUUAGCAUCAGCUGCAAAAAUGUUCAAAAGCCAAGAAACGGCAUGUCCGAAGGAUGAAGGAGAAUUGAAUCCGGAAGAUAAUCUCUUAGAUGGAAAUGUUCUCAUGGUGGACCAGCUGUGGCUUUGGGCUGUGGAUACGACUACCUUGAUGACUUUCUUCCCGAAGCGCGAGUCCUAUCCAACGGAAGGGCCUAUGUUCCAGCAGGCAGAUCUCAGAAAUAGCGUCUAUAAUGAACUUAAUGGAGACCUUAGCGGACGCUGCGAAAACGCGCUAGAUCUUGCGGCCUUUGUAACCUUGCAUGCAGUUACGGUCCUAAUUGACAGGACGUCUCACCCAAAUCUCGAGAUUUUCCGCAUUUUUGAGGAAGCUCUCGGAAUACUAACUGAGAGGAUGACUUUGUCGCUCAAGCGAUUCCGAAUGCAGACGUUCCGAGAUAAGGCGCAAGAAUCGGAUUCAGACGAACCCGAAGACUUCCGUAAGGAGAGCAUCAAGCAGCGGCACAAACGCGAGCUUGAGCGGGCCGAGCGGGAGAAUCGCGAACACACAUCUGUUCUGCUUGAACUUCGAGAUAUGGACGAUGAGCUCACCACAAUGAAGAACCUAUUCUUGGAACAAGAGGAUACGAUCAGGCUAAUGAAAGAACAAUAUGAGAAACCUGAGCUUCUGGGAUACACCGAGAAUGGCCGUGGGUUCCUGGAUGAAGCCUUGAGGCGACUGCAAGACUACCAUAAGACGGUGCAUGACAUGAUUCAGCGUGUAGAUGCUACCAAGAAAGAUUAUGAGAAACUUCAAGAGAUGGUACAGCGCCAAGCACAAGUCGAUGAAGCGCGGUGGUCGCGCCGACAGACCGAAUUGGCGAGUUCGCAAAACCUUUCGGUCAUGAUCUUUACGACGUUCACCGUACUGUUCCUACCCCUGAGUUUCUUCACCAGUCUAUUCGGCAUGAACACGAAGGAAUGGGGCGGCGAUGACGACAACUUCGUUAGUCUGGGUGAAAUUGGUCUCAUCUCAUUACCCGCGUCAGCCGUCCUCAUCGGCGGGACGCUUAUCGCCGCGUAUAGUAGCCGCGUGCAGAGCGUCGUGAAAGCCAGCUACGAAUACACGAAGUCCGGUGCGCAGCGGAUAGUAUCCGGGGUCACGCACAUAGGGACCGAGGACCCGCGGCGACAGGAACGGCGGGACAAGCUAGAGAAGGAGACGCUGGAUUCGCGCCGGCGCGAGCGCGGGUUCGACUUCUGGGAGACGGUGAGGUCGGAGAAGCCGCGCGAGUACAAGAUCCCGGAUAUGAACCGCAAGAGGCUGCCCGGGAGGAGGCUGACACGUGUGUACGAUUUGGAGGAUCCGAUGUGAAUGUUGUAUGAUAGGUGAUGUGGUAUUUUGUGUGUAUUGUAAUUGGAACGGAGACGAAGGAUGAUACCCGAUUGCGGUAAGCGUGUGUGGAAGAUCUUAGAAAGCCUGUCCCAAUACUAGAUAAAGUUAAUCUGAAGCUAUUGCAACCAACUUAGAUUAAUUCUCCAUGAGGUUAUAUAUCAAAAUUUAUCUUUGAAAUCCAAC